ACCAAAGCGACAGAGCAUUGUAAAUACUGAACCCUGCCAAACGAUGUCCAACCGCUACAGGAAGCCGCCAGAUUCAACACAUGUAAAGGUCUUUGACGUGGGUGCCCUGCUAAAUUUAUACGUGCUCAUGUAUGCGAGCGUAACUGAUGGAUCAGUCGGCAAAAACCAAUUACGAAAAUCUGGAAGAGCGGAACGACUCUGUAUGCAUAAUAGCCGAGGAUAAGCUGUAUACACAUGCAUAAGAAUUGUUUGUGUCGGUUAACUGGGAUUCCCGCUACGUUUGUGUCCGGUCAUAUAUACUUACGCUCCUUUUAGUCCUUUAUGUAAGAAGUGGAUGCGUAUCUGCAGACCGCAUGUGUAUCUGUACGGCGCACAACUGGGAUUUAUAAAGCCGCGACGCGUAACCAGUUGCAUACGGAUGAGUUGCUUCUGCCAUCUUAGUGCAACUUUCAACACGAACUUUUUUUCGUUUUAACUUUGCUUUGAGUGGUUCUACGACACAACUAUGCAUAUGAUUAAUCAUCUUCCUACUGGGUUUCUCUGUUUUGCUCUGUUUCGGUAUUGUUGUGGUGCCUCCCUCAAGAGUGACCUCGAUGAUUCUUUGACUGUUGACUAUGCCGGUGAAAACGUAGUUGAACAGCCUCGAGUGGAGAAACGGUUGUUCCACUAUCCGGUGUAUUCCUCACCAAACACCGCCAACAUCCGAAAGCCAUGUAUCCUGCCCAGUGGUCAAAUUCUCGCGCCGGAUAAACCUGCAAGUGAUAACGAAUCAACACAGGAAGAGCUAGCACAGAACAGUUUUGGCAACGGAGAGCAAAACAAAGAUCAACGCGAUGUGUACGCUGUGCUCUCAACGCGCUUUCAAACCUUGAACGGCUUAAACCGAUUACGCUUACGACCGGUGCGUGACUUCAUGGACCCAGAGGUUAAGGUGUACCCGCGCACCUACUACGUCCGCAACGCCAGAGCCGCAAAAACGGCAUUUCCCCUUCCUCUACGUGCGCUGCGUUCCCUACGCCGCUGUAUCCGUGGAGCGUAACCUGACACGCAGGUUAACUAUGUUCAUGAAGGCGCGCUCUUCUUUGCCGGUUGUUCAAAGAUACUAACUGGUGCAUGAAAUGCUUCAUUGUUGUCUGUUGUCAAAAAUAAAACGCAUCUCCAUUGCAUGUACACAAAUAGAUACGGUUUGGCCCUUAUACAUACGUAAGGAAAGUUGCACAUGUUGUAGUUGUGACGUUUAGCAAUAAAUCUUAAGCGUAUAAGAAUGAAACUGCACACCACAAUCAAUAUUCUGCGUUGUCGCAGCUUAAUGGCCAGCUUAUGCAGCAGUUUACCAACAUCUUGCGCACUGUGACCUUUGGAUGAAA